AUGCUGCCGCAACGUAUGAAAAAGGCCAUCACGGAAAACCCAAAGAAACAUGCCAACUUGAUUGAGCUUGUGAAUCUUCCUUCAACACUUCGAGAGUUCAUGGGUCAGUCGCAGACCUCUCGUUUGGGCUGUUUCAUGCGUGUUUGGUCAUAUAUCAAGGCCAAUAAUCUCCAGGAUCCAAACAACAAGAAUGUGGUCAACUGUGAUGAUAAGUUGAAGAGUAUAUUGUUGGGGAAGCAUCAGGUCGAGCUUGCUGAACUACCUAGUCUGAUCAAACUGCAUUUUCCUAAACAGCCGAAAUAA